AUGUCCCUAGAUAAUUGCUUUGUGGACGAGGUGGUCGAGCCCAUCCACCUCAUCGAGGUUGACCAACAGCAGCCUACGCCUCGCUCUCGCCAAUCCCAUCUCUCCACCGUACAGGACCUCGCCGCGCAUUUUGAUCAUAACAAUGACUACGCAUGUCGCUAUAUCUCUAUCUGUCAGCGCAAUUCUUGGCAGCCGUUGCAGGCUACUAGGUCUAUGCUGGAUCUAAUCGUCGCUAAACAUGGCAUCAGCUCAUCAAUUUGGGACGUACCCUCGUGCUUCUAUCGUCGCAACCGAGAAGUGGAAGAGGUGUUUUGCGUUCCUUAUACCGAGUCACGGGAUGGCUCCAUCAUAGAAGUAUCUUACACGGUGAGAUACCCGGAGCACAAGACAAACGCGGACCAAUGGGUAAUUCGCCAGACUGGUAUUUACCACCAAUUGAACACCAAGACUGGCCAAAGCCUUUACGUGCUAUUCAAUCCGAUGUCUGCAUCUAAGGCACAUCGUGAGGCGCAAGAGUGGUUGCUCACUCAUGCUCAAGAAGCCCAGAAAGAACCUUUCUGGCUUCACAGAAUCGUGUUCUCAGCGUACUUUCCAGCGUGGAGGCAGUACAUCGCAUCACUAGAGAAUGAAUACUUACCCAUUGCAAACGGUGUUAAUGUAGCAUACGUUGAUGAGCCUUUGCGGAUUGGAUUCGAAAACCUAAGCACGACAAUGGGCCUCCAAAGGCGGUUUCUCCAGAUAUCUACCGUACUAGCACCAGCUGCAGAAGCUCUCGACGAGAUUUAUAUUCUUAUAACUUCCAUUUCGCUGACAAUACCAAUCCACCCGAGGGCACAACAAUUCAAAAACUACCAUCGACAAUGUAUAUCGUACUCACGCAUGGCAACACAUCUACAACAACGCUCUCAGAUGACGGCCCAACUUUUAACAGACACGCUAUCGUUCCGCGAUCAAGUCAUAGCAAAAGAGCAGACCAAAAACAUACUGCAACUGAACAAGUCCGCAGUUUUUGUGACGUUCUUGACAUUACUUUACCUGCCUUCGUCAUUCUUAACCUCCUUCUUUGGCAUGAAUUUCUUUGCAAUGGAUCAAGAUAACAGUCGCAUGAUCGCUACGUCGAUGAUCUGGAUAUUUAUAGUCUCCUCGGUUGUAUUGACUACCAUCACGUUUCUCAUUUACCGCUGGCGGGUACAGCGUGAUAGCGAUCGACACGGUAUGAUGCUUCGCAGUCUCGUACCUCGAGUGAACGUUCCCACGGACUGGAAUUUGAGGUUUAUGACGCGGAGGUUGACGUCAAACCAAACCAGCGCCGAUUUCGGCCAGAAAGAGUCGCCAGCUUGA